UGAGAUCUUUACUUAAAUACUUCUUAUAUUAAAAUAAACACACCCUGAAACUAUUACUUCGUAUACAUCAAUAACCUCCAAAGAAUGAAACAUGAAAUAAAAUCCAGCCAAUAUACCCAAGGAGACAAUACCACCUCCCAACCCAAGCCAGCCGCCGCAACAGCACCAACCAAACGCCAAUCCCGACGGGAGAUUUCAAAAGCAACGACUCCAUAAAAGAGAAAACAUAGAAUACGCCAUGGCCUUCCAAUCAACCCCUCACCCGCUCCCCCCAACCACAAUCCACCCCUCCCACACAAAAACCCACCGCAUCUCCCCCUCCGCCGCCCACGACUUCCUCUCCGCCUACCUCGACCGCGCCGCCACAGACCCCAGCCUACAACCCGACUCCACCCUCUCCGGCCACGGCCCCGUUUCGGCAAACACAGGCUCCGCACCCAAUCUCAUCAUCCACAACUUGAAGCGUGUCCAGGCCGGACUGGCUGGGGAGGUGCUGGGGAGGGAUUUGACGUUUGCCAGGUUGGAGGGGCAAGGGGGCGGGGCGGUGUUUGCGUUGCAGUCGAGGGAGAUUGGGGGAGAUGGGGAGGAUUGGAGUGGGGAGGGAAUAGGGAGGGGAAGAGGGAAGAAGAUGGUUGAUGAUGGAUGGCAGGAUCUGGAGAGUUAUGAGCGGGAACAGGAGGUUGUGGAUGCUGGGGAUGGGGAUGGGGAAGCUGAAGAGGGGGAUCAAGCGCAGAUGCCUGUGCCGAUGGAUGUUGGCGGUGGCUCUGGCGCUGGGCAAGGGAUAGGGGCGAUUGAUAAGGAGGAGAGGAAGAGGAGGAAGAAGGAGAGGCGGAAGGAGGAAAAGAGGGCUAAAUUUAAAACUACGACUACAGGGUGAGGAAGGUGUUGGGAAGUGUGGUUGGGAACUAUUCUUCAUGCUUUCUUUCGGCUGAUGGGAUGGAAUACGUGGUCGAGUGGGAGAGAAAGAAAUACUUUGAAUCAGUGAAACGCAUUAUAACCUCUGGAGAAAAAGUGUUGCGGGCUCAUCUGUCCAGCUCCUUCACGGCUCCCGAUCCGUAGCCUUGACUGGCUUCUCGCUGUCUUCUGAUUUACCCUCGGUCACCUUUCCUCCACUCCAGCCGAGGGCUGCAAGUCUUUCCGUCAGAAUUGGAUGCGAAUAAUGGUAGCUGGCAUACAUCCAGUCUGCGUCCAUGGUGGAAAGGUUCUGAAUCUGGAGCUUGAGGAGGGACUUGGCGAGCUCGGUGGAGUAUCCAAGGUUUACGGCAAAGGCAUCUAGCAGAUUUUUAAUUGUUUUAUCUCAUGUAAACUACGGUUUGCGUUCGGGAUAUUUAUGUGUUGGGGUUGUUGGGUUGAGGGUUUGCUUACCGGCUUCGAAUUCGAAUUUUCUGCUUAGAAUGUUCAUUAGGAGUUUAACCACGGCGUCCAUUGGGGCGAGGGCGUCAGAGAAUAGAAUAAAGCCAAUCAUAAUGGGCAUCUCGUUGAUAAAUCCGAAGUCAUGGUACAAUGAUUUGUUGUUCACAAAGGCGGAGAAAAGAGCAAAGAUGUAGAACAUAUGGAACUAUAAAAGAUAACCUAGUUAGCCAACGACCUCACUUUAUAAGACGUAGUAGCCGCUCCAACAUACCUGUGCAAUUCCAAAAAGCUUAGUGGUGUGGUUAAGACUCCAGUGGCCCAACUCAUGCCCCAGAACCGCAACGACUUCCUCAG